GACAGGCUUGCUAUUUGAACGACGUCAUGACGUCGCGACGUGAACGAAUCUUCUCACCUCCCACGCCGACUGGUCCUCGUCGGGCUCCUGGUCUCGGUUUAGGACAAGGUCCUGGUCUCGGUUUAGGACAAGGUCCUGGUCCUGGUCCAGGUUGUGGUCUUUCGAGCGGAGAAACUCUUUGAAGGAAAAAGGGUUCAUCUCCUCUUCAUCUGCGGACCCAUAAUAACUUUGUCAAACAAUGAACGUGAAACACAUCAAAAUAUGACAACAACAACAAAAACCUUCGGCGAUGAUUAAAGUUUUCCCACGGCUGCCGUGUUUGGACAUGGUGACGUCAUUGACGAGCGCUCAGCGGAAGUGAACAAGCGUCCGGCCACCUCACGUGACCAAGCUUCUAUCGCCUCAUUGGUUCCGCCCGGACCAGGCAGGAAAGAGGAAAACAAGACUCUCACUUCCGGUAGACUUCGCGCUCAAACUACUCGCGUGGACGUCGGCUGGCCGCGGUUCAGUUCGUCGGUGCCGCGCACAGACCCGGAAGGGACGCCGCUCCGGUCCAACGAAUGAUGUCUAAAGAGGUUUUGAAUGAGGGGAGCCAGGUCCAGUCCUCCUCCCAGGUCCAGUCUACCUCCCAGGUGCAGUCCCCCUCCCAGGUCCAGUCCCCCUCCCAGGUCCAGUCCCCCUCCCAGGUGCAGUCCACCUUGUCCCCGUCCCAGGUACAGUCCCCCUCCCAGGCGCAGUCCACCUUGUCCCCGUCCCAGGUCCAGUCCAAGUCCCAGCCCGUUUCCAGCUCGUCCAGCGGCCCGUCCUCAGGCAGCCAGUCCUCGGGGACACUGAGCAGCGUGGACACACUUCCUGUCACGCUGCCGUCCGUCCCAGAGGAGCCCGAGUGCCAACCCUGGGGCCGCCUGCUGCCCAUGGAGGGCGGCUUUCGUGCCCAUGAUUGUGUAGAGGACGAGUACUUGUUUGGACGUGACUCCAAAUGUAAUUAUGUUCUGGACGAUCCCGACCACAAAGGAUCUUUACGAUACCGAAUUUACAGCAAGAAACAUUUCAGGAUUUACAGGGAGGACAGCGAGGUGUUCAUCCAUGACCUCAGUAACAAUGGCACCUUUGUGGACGGGAUCAAAGUGGGGAAGAACAAGAAGCUCCCGCUGGUCAACAACGCCGUCCUGGCGCUGUCAGAGCAACGCAACAAAGUGUUCGUCUUCAUCGACCUGAUGUCGGACGAGGACGGCGCUCUGCCUGGCGAGCUUCGGGACAAGUACCUGCUGACUCGGCGGAUAGGGACAGGAGUGUGUGGCGAGGUGCGGCUCGCCUUUGAGAGGUCCACCUGCAAGAAGUUUGCAGUGAAGAUCAUCAACAAGAAGAACUUCCAGUCCGAAGGGACGGCGACACGUAACGCUCAGACGGAGAUCGAGAUCCUUCAACGCGUCGACCACCCCUGCCUCAUCAAGACGCAGGACUUCUACCAGACGGACGACAGCUUCUUCAUCGUCCUGGAGAUGAUGGAGGGGGGAGAGCUCUUCCAGCGGGUCAAAGUUCAGCAGCGACUCAAUGAGCCGGUGGCCAAGCUCUACUUCUACCAGAUGCUGCAGGCGGUGCAGUACCUGCACAGUAACGGGAUCAUCCACCGCGACCUGAAACCGGAGAACGUCCUCUUGUCCUCGCAAGACGACGACUGCCUCGUCAAGGUGACCGACUUCAACCAGUCCAGGAUCCUGGAGGAGGCGGUGCUGAUGCGGACGCUGUGCGGGACGCCGUCCUAUUUGGCGCCCGAAGUCUUCACGCACGGCGCCACCACGGGGUACAACCUGGCGGUGGAUGCGUGGAGCCUUGGCGUGCUGCUCUUUGUCUGUCUGGGUGGGUACCCCCCCUUUCACGACAACUUUGGUCCACAGUCCGUCACGGAGCAGAUCAUCCGAGGAGAAUUCACCAUGGUGACGUCCAAGUGGAAACACGUGUCAGACCAAGCCAAAGACGUGGUCAGGAAGCUGCUGGUUGUUGACCCCACAAAGAGGAUGAGCAUCGAGGAAGCUCUGCAGCACACCUGGCUACAGGUGCUCGUCUUUAUCGUCGUCAUGGACCCGACCAUGUUGGCGAAGGCGCACGCGCUCAUGUACCCGCCUUCUCCCCCUGACGUCGCCGUGGGGGCGGAGCCAACCUCAUCACGGAAGAGGAGACGAGAGGGAGACGAGGGCGGGCGCCCGGCCAAGCAAGCCCCGCCCACCGACCAGCUGUGACCUCAAACAUUUCCCAAUAAAGUCUUUUAUUUUUUCA